GUUUCUCUGGUUGGUAGGAAGCUAGCGCUUCAAACCCGUCCCAAUAUGUCCUCGUCCGAAGUGGAAAAGCGAGAGAAACUGCUACAAGCGUCGCCUGGUGGAAGGCAACCGGAAGGCAAACGAGUCGCUUAUCUCGUCUCGCCGGACCUGAUUCGAUCUUCCGACGCUCUUGUUUGUCAUCCCGGGCGGUCAUCGUGUGUGCACAGUCUUGUCUACCAUCUCGGCCUUCUGGACCCUGCAGAGACAUCAGAGCAACCUGUGAAAGAAAGCUCGAACAGCUCAUCAUGUGCCUCCAGCGAUGGUGGAGAAGAAAGUGAGCUCGCUGAACUCAAGCGCAUGCUCGAUCCCGAUGCCAGCUAUAUUUUUCCCGAGCAAGGCUCCAAGCCAUCAGAACACAGGCGCGCAAAACUCGUCAUCUCGCCUCUCGCAUCCGACGAACAGCUCAUGGCUUUUCAUGAUACCUGCUAUGUCAAGGCACUCCUCGGAGAAGCGUCCUUGAAAGGGGACACCAGUGAGGGACACGAAGCAAAUUCGGCCCUUGCAUCUCCGACCAAACGACCGCGCUUUGAUACCAAGUCCAAGGCUAAUGUGCAGAGCCAAAGCAAGAGAGAAUCUCAGUUUGGCCUGGAAGACGACUGCCCCCGCUUCCCGCUUCUUGCGCAACAUGUGCGAACUGUCGCAGGAGCUACGAUUCAUGCUGCCGACCUGCUAGCGAACCAUCAGGCGGAUGUUACAAUCGUGUGGGACGGAGGAAGACAUCAUGCGCACAGAAGCAAAGCGGCAGGUUUCUGCUACGUGAAUGACAUCGUGCUCGGAAUUCUCGCUCUCAAAAGGCCUCGAAAAGUGCCGCAGUCGAGAAACGUGGGGUCUGGCAGCAGGAAACAGAAGACCAUACUAACGCGUUUCGAGCGUGUGCUCUACUUAGACUUGGAUCUACACUGGGGCGAUGGGGUUGAGCAAGCAUUCUAUUCGAGCUCGUCCGUGUUAACCCUCUCUGUACACCACCACGCUCAAGGAUUCUUUCCUUGCCGUGACACCCGCGAGAGUGCAAACGGAUCUUUUCAAGUGUCAAGCGGACCAGAAAGCGCACCGGCACAUGCGCUCAGCCUCCCCUUGAGACCUGGUGCCACGUCGGAAACUCUAUCCGCUGUGUAUGCGUCGUGCAUCGAUCCGAUUAUCGAGACAUUCGAGCCGCAGGCAAUUGUGGUACAAUGCGGCACGGACGGUGCCGCCGGAGACCCACACGGUGUAUGGAACCUCUGCUCUGCAGGAUAUCUCGACGUGAUUGGGAGAAUUCUCAAAAGGGACAAAGCGACACUCCUGCUGGGAGGAGGUGGGUAUGACAGUCCCAACGCAGCUCGUGUGUGGGCGGGCGUGACCAGCCUGGCGCUCCAACAUGGCGAGAACAAGGACCUUGAGUCCAUCCGUUUCGAACUGCUCGCCAAGAAGGUACCGGAUCAAACCUUCUGGUCGGAAAUGAGCGGAAACGAUUCACUGAAAGUACAUGCGGGGGAAAUGAAGAAUGAGAAUGACGAGCAGUACCUUCAACAACUGGCAGAUAGAUUUGAGCAUUACAAGAGUCUGUUGACAAAGUGGCGCCAGGAGCGCAAGUGAUGUACUAGGAGUGUAUCAAAAUGCAAGGAAGCAGUGCAUCUGUGCUGAG